AUGUUUCUCAACGACAUGGGGCUGUUAAUGUUCUUAGCAGUAACGGCGUCCCUUUUGGGCUGCUGCCAGACGGAUGAAAAAGUGUCGUUUUACGGGGCGAGCUACAUUCAUCUUCCGGUCCAGGAAGCCAAGGGUGCGACCGACAUCAGCUUCCGGUUCCGAACUCAUCUCGCGGACGCUAUGCUGCUAUUGGCCGCCGGCAAGACGGAUUACUGCCUGAUCAAACUCGAAGCCGGCAGAUUGAAGGUUCACAUAAAUUUGGGAGCAGGGGAGAGCGAGAUGGCGAGUGCCCAUGGUUUGACGCUGAACGAUUUGAGCUGGCACAAGGUGAACCUGACCAGAAGGGAGGCUAACAUCACGUUGCAGAUCGACGUUAUACACACGACGAGGUAUCUACUGCCGGGACGUUUCUUCGAGCUGAACAUACACUACGGCGUCUUCAUCGGGGGACAGGGUUACUUCAACGAGCUAUUUCUAGGUCACACAGAUUACUUACGUGGCUGCAUGGCUGACAUAAUCUACAACGGGGCGAGGGUAAUAGAACACGCCAAGUCGAGGAAGGGCCAGUCGCAGGCUACGGCCGUAACGUGGGGCUGUUCUCCGGAAUUCGACGCGACGAGGAGCACGGAAGUCAGUUUCGUCGAGGAUGGCGCGUUCACGGCGAUCCCGAGGCCCAUUCCGCGUUCAGGCUCGAGAUGGGAGUUCGAGCUGAAGACCGGCGCUGAGACUGGUCUGCUUCUCUACAACACCGGGCAAUCGUCGUACGCCGAUUACCUCGGGAUCGAGUUGUUCGAGGGUAAAAUUCGGCUUCUGAUGAACAAAGGGAACGGACCUACAGAGUUGAUACACGACACGCCGGUGGCCGAUGGCAAAUGGCACAGGGUGGUCGUUGAUUUCAAUCCGAGCGGAAUCGGGAUCGCGGUCGACCAGCAGGAAAAAACGAUCACGCUGCCGUCCGGCGGAAAUCGUUACCUGGACCUUGCGGACACCCUCUACGUGGGCGGCACGGAGCUGAACAAACGCGCCAGAGCGCUGGGCAAAGGUCUGAGGUCCGGCGACGUGAGCUACAAGGGUUGCUUGAGGGACAUGCUGCUGGACAAGAAGGAACUCGGUCUGCCCGACGUGAAGAUCAGCCAGGGCGUCGUGGUCGGCUGUGUCUGGGGAUUCCCGUGCAUCGAGCACGAUCCCUGCGUUUCCGGGGCGGUUUGCUCCCAGCUGGGCGUCAGCUCGUUCGAGUGCAACUGCGACCAGCCAGUGUGCAUCAGGCCGAACCGCGCCGAGGAUUACAAGGUUUAUUCGAAGGCAAAUUUACCCGUGAACCUGGAGAUUCUCUCAGUGAGACCGCUGCUGGUAUCCGAGGGGGAGCACGUGCUGGUGACGAGCGAUAACAUUGCCAUGGUGUUGGACAUAGCUAAAUAUGGGGUGGAAGAGGACGGUGUUAUCUUCACCUUGGUAACGCCACCCACGAAUGGAACCCUGUCGCUGGACCACCUAACGACCAGAACCGAAAAUGCCUUCACUCUCCAAGACAUUAGUCGCGAUAAGAUACAAUACAUGCACGACGGGGGCGAGACCACGGAGGACAGUAUGAUCGUGGAAGUGACACUCGUGGCAGGAACUGGUUACACGUUGCCGGGCUACCUCCAAGGACGACUAAUGUUUCCGCUCCACGUCAACGUGACGCCCGUUAAUGAUCCACCGUUGCUCGAGAUAUCGACCACCGUGCUGCGUCUGGCUCAAGGCACGAGGAAAAUUUUGACGAAAGUGUUGAUUUGGGCGAUCGACGCCGACACGCCGUCGGACAUGUUGGUUUACACGGUCUUACGUACCGACGCAGACGCCGGCUACGUCGAGAGGGUGACUUACCCGUCGCGGCCCAUCGACACGUUUACCCAGGCGGAAUUAAUGCAAGGAUUAAUUGCCUACGUGCACCGUGGAAACGCGAAACCGAACGCGAAACUGGAACUGCAGGUCAGCGACGGGGUAGACAGCAGCAAGCCGGCGAGCUUGAGGGUGGCGGCUCAUCCGUUGGAGAUAAAUCUGAUGCAGAACACGGGUCUGGUCGUGGUGCACCGAUCGUUCUCCUAUCUGACCCCGGCGAACCUCUCCUUCACCACAAACUCCGACGACAACACGAUCGACAUACGUUGCGACAUCGUCUCGCCGCCUCAGUACGGCGCGAUUCAAAAGCUGAGGGAUGCCUCGAGCAGCUGGACGAACGUGGACCAUUUCACGAGCAGGGACGUCGAGCAGCACACGAUCCGGUACCUCCACAACGAGGGUAGCCCGAACCAGGACGAGUUCAAGUUCCAGGCGAGCGUCCGUGAGGUCAGGGCCCAACACACCUACGACUUCCGGAUCACCUUCAUCGAUUUAGAGCUGAAAGAGAUGAAGAGGAUACCGAUUAACUUCACGAACGUGGCCGAGGUGACGGUGGCCGGUCUGAACCUCAGGUACCAGACGAACCCUCUGCUGACAGCGUUCAACAAGAUCGUGUUCACCUUGAAGACGGGACCAAGAUACGGUAACCUGUUCCUCUCGAGUCGGAGGCUGAACGUCGGGGACGCGUUCAGCCAGGACGACGUCGACUCCGGGCGUGUCAAGUACCGACUGUUCAAGAGGGCCUACUCGACCAUCCUGGACGAGUUCGGGUUCAAGGUCAGCGCGCCCCAGUGCGUCGACAUGCACGGGAACCUGGUACUGAAGCACUAUCUCAGCAAGAACGUGAAACCGUUGGACAGCGUGGAGACGCUCAGGGUCGACGAGGGUUCCAGGGUGCCGGUGAGGAUACUGCGUACGAACCCGAAGAGCUACGAGGACAAGGUCAUCACGUCGUUGAUGUACAAUCUGACGAUAGUGCCCCGUCACGGAUGGCUGAUCGUCACGAACAGCUCGAGGUCCCACACGAGGAACAACACCCACUACUUCGUGUCCGAAGAGCUCAACUCCCAACGGGUCUACUACGUUCACGACGACUCGGAGACGCGGGAGGACUCGUUCCAGUUCGUGGCGAUCGCCACGGACGCGGUGGACUUCAUGUACGUAGGUCUGUUCCGCGUCGAGGUGACGAUGAAGAACGACAACGCACCGGAGCGCGUGGUCGAUCGGGUGUUCCACGUAGUCUCGAGGAGCAAACGUUUGCUCACCAACAAGGACCUGGCGUACACGGACAGGGACGUGGACACGAAGCCCAGCGAUCUGAUUUACACGAGGCUGGACAGCCAGAGGUACGGUGUCUACCGGGUGUCCAAUCCCACGGUGCAGAUCCUCAUGUUCAGUCAGCAGGACAUCGACGACAAGCAGAUACUCUUCAAGCAUCAGGGCGACGAUCGCGGGAAGUUCGAGUUCGGCGUGACCGACAGGCGAUUUUACACCGCUGGCGUGUUGGAGAUCCAAGCCAGUCCGCCUUACGUCAGACUGAAAGAGAACAACGGGUCAGUGGUGCAGUUCAAUCGGUUGGUGGGCCUAGGGCCGGACGAGCUGGACGUGGAGACCAACGUGUACACGACCGACAAGGACAUUAAGUACUCGGUGUUGGAUAAACCGAAGCACGGGGUGCUGCUGAAGCACGGCAGAGAGACGAGCAGCUUCACCGAGGAGAAUCUGAGAAACGGUAUAGUGGCGUACAAACACCUGGGGGGAUCGUUGGUCAAGGACGACUUCAGGUUCAAGGUGACGAUCGAGGGCGCCGAAACUGAGGGCGUAUUUCCGAUCAAGGUCUACCCGGAGAGCUACUGGCAGCCGUUGAUCGUCCAGAACAACAAAACGGUGUUCGUGGAGGAGGCAACGAGCGUCCUGCUGAACAGAAAGAGCCUCGAGGUGAUGCAUCCCAAGAUACCGGAGUCAGAGAUAGUAUAUUUCUUGAAAGAGUGGCCGCAGAACGGGUACCUGGAGCUGCAGAUCCACGACGAGCACAGCGAGGAGAUCCGCGAGGACUACAUAGGCAACGCGGUGAAGACGUUCGAUCAGAAGAUGAUAAACGAGGGCCGCGUCUACUACGUCCAGUCGGUGAUCAAUCAGACCAACGACAGAUUCGUCGUGGACGCGACCAACGGGAUAACCUGGCUACGCGACCUCAGCGUCAACUUCGUCAUCGUACCGGAGAAGCUGUACGUCGAGGCGAAGGGAGUCGCUGUGGUCGAGGGGAAGAGCACCACCCUCGACGAGACGGACUUCUCCAUCCUCACUCCCUAUUACUUUGGCAAAGUGACGGACUAUCGGAUCACGGAGAAACCCAGGCACGGUGUCGUUCUCGAUCUGUCGAAAAAUUCCCCAGUUAGAGAGUUCUCUCAGAAACACCUGACCGCUGACGUAAUAUCGUACAAACACAAUGGCGACGAGUACCCGAAAGAUUGCUUCAAGAUGGUCCUCGUGGCUGAGGACAAAGUCAGCGAGCCCUUCAACGUGUGGGUGACCGUGCAACCCGUCAACGACGAGCUACCCGUGCUGGUCAACAGGACCAAGUUGACAGUUUGGCAGGGUGGUUCGAUCGUCUUGACGCCUGACAACCUGGCAGCCAUUGACAACGACACGUCGGCUCAUGACUUGACGUUCAACGUGACCGGUGCCAGAAACGGGUUCGUAUCGCUGAGAUCCGCCCCGGAAUCGGACGUGUACAAUUUCACGCAGGAACAGAUUGACCAGUCGAGGAUCAUUUUCACACACACAAAUGGGUCCGAUGCUGAGUUCAAUUUCGUUCUGAACGAUGGGGCGCACACGUCCGAGACCUACACGGUGCUGGUGGCCACCAAACCGAUACGGUUGUCCAUCGAGCGCAACGCUGCGUUGAACGUAUUCCCGUUAACUAGAAAAGUGAUAUCGGAUAAGCUGUUGUUGACAAAAUGCAUGGACGAGACGCGGGAGAUUAAGUACAUGGUGAGGAACGGACCGCAUCUGGGCAAAAUCAUCAUGGAGACGAGCGAGGGCGCGUGGCUGAACGUCGACCAAUUCUCCCAGCGAGACAUCAACGGUAGUAAAGUGUACUACGAGCACACCAAACAGUUCAUGGACCUUGCCGCCAAUGACUCGUUCACGUUCGACGUAGAGGCGCGGUUCGCGGAAUCCUUGACCAACCAGGUGUUGCAGAUAGACAUUUCAGUGUCCAGCGGCGGAUUGAACAGAUACAUUUUCGUAAAGAACGUGAGAGUGGAGGAAGGAGGAUCCGCCCAAGUGAUCAUGAACAUCAGUGGGAUCGUGUCGUUCCUCCAGACCCACGCUGGCAUCGAGAACCCGGUCGUUCUCUCAAGACUGAUCGGUCAACCCAGCCACGGCCACGUGAAGAUCCUCCCGGACGUGAACAUAACCACGUUCUCUCAGACUCAGAUAGAGGGCGGUGAGAUCGUCUACUGCCACGAUCACUCGGACACUUUGGAAGAUCGGAUCAACUUCUCGCUGUACCUGACGCCCGGUCACAUCCUCCUCUGCAACGCCAGCGUGCCGGUAAUCGUCGAGCCGGUGAACGACAAGCCCUUCAAGCUGAUCACGAACAACCCUAGCAUCAGAGUGGUGCAGAAUCAGAAUCAAACGAUAACUAGCAAGAACCUGCUGACGGAGGACCCCGACACACCGCCGGAGGAAAUCGUGUACGACUUGAUAUCAGGGCCCACUUACGGUCGUCUGUUGCUCCUGCCCUCGAACGAGAACGUCUCGGUGGUGCAACAAGUGAACAAGUUCACGCAGCAGGACAUCGACUCGAACAGACUGGUCUAUGAACACGACGGACCUCACCAAGCUGCUCUGUUCUAUUUCCGGGUAGACGACGGUCGUUUCCCCUCCCAGUACAAGGUCUUCAACAUCCUCGUCCUGCCCAUCAAGCUGAACGUGACUAUCCUUGGGCCCGUCUACCUGCAACAAGGAUCGAGCGUGGCUCUGAUAACCGAAAGCAACCUGAAGCUGGACACGAACGCGAGACGGGACCUGGUUGUCUACGAGAUAACGAACAGUCCAAAGCACGGGGUGCUGUACGUGAGAGACGGGGCGGCGGCCAGCUUCAAGCAAACGGACCUAGCGUCUAAAAGCGUGAUGUACAUGCAAAAGAACAUGACCGUGUCGAACGACAGCCUGGUGCUGACCGCCAAGGUGAGCGGGUUCGAGCAGCAACACAUAAGACUAGAGAUCAAAGUGGUGCCGCUGAUGAUCAUGAACCCUAUGAUCGCGCUGGCCGGGGAGAAAACGCGGAUAUCUCUGAAAUACAUGGACGCCACACCGCUGGCGAAACUGACCAGCAGCAACCCUGUCUACGCCGUGAUGAAGAAGCCAAAGUUCGGCAAGGUGAAGAGGAUCAUCAGAAGUUCGUCGUCGUCCGGCGAGAAACGUGGAACCCGGGAAAAAGAGGUGGUUCGGUUCUCCCAUCAGGAGGUGGUGUCAGGUGUGAUCUACAUAGUCUGCAGGAAGAUCCCGACGAUGGAGUACGAGGGUGUCCUCGACAGUUUCACGUUCGUCCUGACGGCCUCCAUCUUCCAACCAGCCGUGGGCGAGUUCGAGUUCCGGGUGAAGCUGGACAUGGACGAGAACAACAUUACUUUGGGCGGGCCAAUGGACCCUGUAGGGCACGAGGGCGAGAUGGCCAUCGCGCCAAACAUGAGCAACGAUUACCUACCGGUUUUAGGGAUGCUCCUGGGCGUGUUCCUGCUGGGCGUGCUGGUGAUCAUCACCAUCAGGUGCAGGCACAACAGGUACAAGCACGCGGAGGAGGAGAAGUCGGAAACGUCACCGGCGGUAGGCGUGAUGCCUCUUCCAAGGCCACCGGAUCACCUGAUGCCCGCGACGCCGCAUUUGAAACGGUUCGCCAACGACCAUAACAGCGUGGCCGCCAGCACGCCGCUACCAGUGCCGCCUACGAUGACGUCCACGUUGCCACAAUGCAAAGUGAUACCUCUGAGUCCUCUGGAGAGCAGCGCUGGGUCAGAGGUGGACGUAUCCGCCAGGUAUCCCUACGGCGUCGCGGACGGCGACGAGUGGAGCAGCUUUGACACGUCGGACCUGCCCUGCCAGUCCGCCACCGCGCAAAGAGCCAAUAACCCCAUGUUGAGGAGAAACCAGUACUGGGUCUAGCAAAAGGAGGGCUGUUCGCG